AUGAAUGCCAUGCAAAUUAGUUUCCUGAUAAUGGCCGUCAUGGCCGUCACCACCCUUGCCGUCCCGUUCGAUUUCUUCCAGGUGUCCGGUUUCGAUGAAUCGAACAAUCGACAGAAUUUCGAGGAUGUCCCCAGCAGCGUUGAUCAACCAGGUAGGGAGGUCGCUGUCGCCGAACAAGCCCGCGAGUUCCAGAUUGAAUUCGAACCGAAUCCUCAGGAGGAAGUUCGCCGCGGUGCCGCUAUUGAAGAGGAGUUGAGCCGUGACGAUUCUGCUGCAAACUCGGCUCAUGAAGAAGGAAACGCGUCAUCGGCGUCAUCGUCGUCAGCGGUGAUGUCCAUCAAUCAGCGUAGAGUUGCCGUUGAUUCGGUUAAGGGAAGUCAGUAGGUGUGAUUUCAUAUGUUAGUUUUUUUUU